CUAUUAAAUAACUCGAAAGAAUAUCCGAUAAUUCCUAUACUCACAACAUUCCCGUCCGGAGCGUUAAAUUUCGCCAGUCUCAGAUGCUCAGGUGUCAGACCUACGUUUAUCAACGAAUUGAUAUAAUUGCAGAGCGCCAAUAACGCGUCCCUCACGUCGGACAUGUUUACAAACACAAGUACUCGCCACUUGACCGGUUUGCCCCGUCUCCUUUGCGUUUCUGAAGCGAAACGGACGACGCGCGUUAAAUUCUCGUAAACGCAAGACGUGAAAGAAUUUAUACGCUGUCGCUUUUCAGGGUCUGAAAAGGAAAAAAAAUUAAAUUUUAAGCAUUAUAUAAACAUUAUAACAUUGGGGAUCCCCUAUACGUCACUGAAAGAGGUGGAUUAAGGGAGAGGAGAGAGAGAAUGAAGCAUUUAGGCCCAUAUACGUCAGUCAUGGUCAGUGGACCCCUUCCUUCGACUCCGUUUCCUCUCCUCGCGAUCUCUCUCUCUCUCUCUCUCUCUUUCUUUCUUGUUCGCAACUGACUUCAAAUUGUUGGAAUCGCGCGAAGUGAGCAGUGGAACGCGGACGCUCGUUCCGAGCGAAUCGUUAUUUAUAUAUCUGUGUUUAUCUGACGCGGCAAAAAAUGAUAUCGAAUGUUCCUUGCGCGAGGAGAUGGAGGAAGAUGUACCUGGUGCUCAUUGUCCUGACAACGGGACGAGUCGAAGGUCAUCCUCGCACUGCUUCCACGUAUUCCCAGGACAUCGGAAGUUCCUCGACGCAGCAGAUGUCGAUCUCGAGGCUGAUCGAGGCGGCGUAUGAGAGACAGGAACUGCUGCGACGGGAAGACUGGUCCCGGCGAACUGACGAACACCAGGUAGUGACCAAAUCCGAACGGGAUAUCUCUAGGCAAUCGGAGUACCUGGCCGAGGGAAUUUCUACACCUGGAGAGAGAAGAUUGUUGGAAGCGUCGACGCGGACAAAUGGAGAUGGGAUUAUCUUCCCCUCAGACGACAGGGUCUCCUCGAUGCUGACAUCGACACCAGCAUCAGACUCAGACUGCCAUAGCACAUUCUGCGAAAACGUCACUAAUUAUCCAACCCAUUUGGUGAACGCGGCGAUAGCGCGAAACUCUAGUCUCAGAUUCCUGGAAAGCGUCGAUGAAUUAUUAUCUGAUCCGGUACCUGACAUCGAGCAUAGAAUUAAGCCGACGGAUGAGAAACUUUGCGAUUAUGUAGAACACUUAGUAUAUCCGCAGACUGCGCAAAACAAGGAGAAACAGUGGCUGUUCGUCGUGAAUCUGGACGGCUUGAAGCAGCGAAUACGCGUCGAGAUUUGCUUGAAUGAUGGUCAGGAGUGCAACGUCAUCAAGGGCUUCGCCGAGAAUUACAAGACCACUUGCAAGCAGAAGUUCAUCUAUCGAGAAUUGUUGGCGGUGGGAACCAACGGAAACAUCGUCAAGGACCAAUUUCGCUUCCCCUCGAGCUGUUGCUGCCAUAUCAAGAACACCGGCGACCCCACCGUCAGGUUGGGACUGGCAUCAUCGGAUCAGCGCUCGCUCAAUCGAACCGCGAUCGCGGCGAAGACACGAUUGUGACAGUGAAGAAAAUCAGAGCUUAAUCGCAACGCAAUAUGCUCAUUAAAGCGUAUUUUACACGAUGCUUUUUUUAUUAUAUUAAAUAAAAGAUGAUGCAUCUCGAAAUGUUGUAACAUAUCAACAUCUCGCGCGAGCUGUAGCAUGCUUUCUCUUAA